AUGCUAAAAUAUGGCUUUUUCGUCGCUAUGUUCGCUUUCUUUGCGGCACACCUGACGCCACAAGCAUGUUGGGGAUGGUGUCACUUACGUGGCUUCACCCUAGGCAAAGGAAAGAAAAUAUAUCUUUUAAAAGCUGACUCAGUGGAAGCUUGCUCAAACGUGUGCGAGUCUGUUUCUUCUUGUACACAUUGGUCCUUCGACGGUGUGAAGAACUUUUGCACUCUUCGACGGGACAACCCCACAUCCAAAAUCCUUAUCCGCAAGCAAGAAGGCACCAUCUCAGCAACAAAGGACUGUGAAACGGCCAUAGAGUGUAUGUCAUUUAAUUCCACCUGUGCAAUAAUAUACGCCUUGGGCAGAGUAGGCAGGAAAGCCCUGGCAUUGCACAGUGACCUUGCUCUUUGUCCUUUUGUUGACUCAGUAAUCACUGGAGGCAAUUCCUGUUUCUCAGAUGGCUGGACUGUCUCUGAGACGGAGAAUUACCCGAGCUCAGAGCUCCACAACAAACCUUCAGCAUUGCUGAUGCCUGCCACCACUGUACAUACACCAGAAGAGUGCCAGAGUCACUGCCAGAAGUAUUCUGAGGGGUGUGUCUUGUGGGAAUGGCAUAUCCUCACGAAACAAUGCCGCUCAUGGAAAACUGGUGUCACCCUUCAACGGCGCAACGGUCUUCCUAUUGGGUUUUCCUUGUAUUUUUCCCCUCUUGAAGGAGAUGAAGUGUCACAUCUUGAAGGAGGACAGGGCAUUAGUAGAGCCCUUGAGUCGAUGGGAACCAUUGUGGGACCCCCCGUUUGCUCGACCAUCACAUAUGCGGAAAGACGGAACGAGCGAGUACAGCGAUCUUCAGGGUGUUCCACCACCCUAGUAAGGCAGUUUCCGUGGUUAUUCUUGUCUACUGCAACUCUUGGCACCAGCAGCAGUGCUAUAGAAGAACUGACUUCAAAUAAGGACGGUAACUGCUACGGGAAAGGCUCUGCUUGCGAAAUCAGCAAGUCAAAAGCUAUGAGUUUAAAAUAUCAGGCGGCCCACGGCUCCUUCUUGCAGUUAUUUCAAAGUGCAAUUUCCAAAGUUUCAAUGACCCAAGGUCUGUAUAUAGGUGUUGACAGCAAGACCCCGUACCUUUCUGGCGUAACUGAUAGAACUCAAGACGUUUCAGAGUGCAGAACCUUGUGUACAAAUACAAAGAAAUGCCAGGUGUAUACAUUCUACAUCGACGGGCGUUCCGAGGCAAACUGCGUUCUCAAGAAUACCGUCUAUAUUAACGAGUUAUUCCUUCACCCGGUGGCUAUCACUGGGCACAAAUCAUACACUAACUCACCAGCACUGAAUGGAAUGAAGUUUGGAUAUGAAAUGAAGAGUAGUAUUAUGGUAACUCCAGGGUAUACCCUGUCCCAAGCUCACACUUAUGCCUCUCUGUAUACCAGCGCAGGUGAGGUGGAAAAAAUGGCUCAACAGGCUUGUAAGCUACUUGCGGGCGAGGGCUGGGCUGUCCUUGACUACGUUGGGCGCACCGCUCACGCAGUUCCAUCUAGCGAGGCUGUUGAGGUAGUAAUGCCCAAUUUCAACUCCAUAGAGUGCAGCAAAAUAAUCUGA